AUGGCGCUGCUGGGCCGCCUGGAUGAUCUGCGCCAGGCCGUGGAGGUGGUGGGUGGUCCUGCAGUGUCUCAGUUUAAAAUGGUGAAUUACUCUUAUGAUGAAGAUCUUGAAGAACUUUGUCCUGUCUGUGGAGAUAAAGUGUCUGGGUAUCACUAUGGACUCCUUACCUGUGAAAGUUGCAAGGGCUUCUUUAAGCGAACAGUCCAGAAUAACAAAAGGUACACAUGCAUAGAAAAUCAAAGCUGCCAAAUUGACAAAACUCAAAGAAAACGCUGCCCUUAUUGUCGGUUUCAAAAAUGUCUAAGUGUUGGGAUGAAGUUGGAAGCCGUGAGAGCUGACCGAAUGCGUGGAGGUCGGAACAAAUUUGGACCCAUGUACAAGAGGGACAGGGCACUGAAGCAGCAGAAGAAAGCGCUCAUCCGAGCAAAUGGACUCAAAUUAGAAGCCAUGACUCAGGUGAUUCAAGCGAUGCCCACUGAUCUCACAAUAUCUUCUGCCAUCCAGAACAUCCAUUCUGCCUCCAAGGGCCUACCUCUGAACCACACAGCCUUGCCUCCCACAGACUAUGACCGAAGCCCUUUUGUCACCUCUCCAAUUAGCAUGACAAUGCCGCCACAUGGUAGCCUGCAAGGUUAUCAGAGCUACAGUCACUUUCCAAGCCGUGCUAUCAAGUCUGAGUACCCUGAUCCUUAUACCAGUUCUCCAGAGUCGAUAAUGGGCUACUCUUACAUGGAUGGUUACCAUCAGACCAGCUCACCAGCAAGUAUUCCUCACCUGAUUUUGGAACUCUUGAAGUGUGAGCCAGAUGAGCCACAAGUCCAAGCUAAGAUUAUGGCCUACUUGCAGCAAGAGCAGGCCAACAGAAGCAAGCAUGAAAAGCUCAACACUUUUGGGCUUAUGUGCAAAAUGGCUGACCAAACCCUCUUCUCAAUUGUCGAGUGGGCUAGGAGUAGCAUAUUCUUCAGAGAACUUAAGGUUGAUGACCAAAUGAAGCUCCUUCAAAACUGCUGGAGUGAACUCUUAAUUCUAGAUCAUAUUUAUCGGCAAGUGGUACAUGGGAAGGAAGGCUCCAUCCUUCUAGUCACUGGGCAACAAGUGAGUUUGCAUAUUUUCCAAUCCAAGAAAGGCUAUAAUUGGCAUAACCUGUCGAUCUAAGCCAUGGCUCUUUUGCUUCACCUGGCCUUGGAACAAGAGGCUUGGUUGUUCAUUUGUGUCAACUUUCCACUCCUUUAUUCCCUGAAUGUCAAAAAUCUAGAGAACUUCCAGCUGGUAGAAGGUGUUCAAGAGCAAGUGAACGCUGCUUUGCUGGACUAUACCAUGUGCAACUAUCCACAGCAGACAGACAAAUUUGGGCAGCUUCUGCUGAGACUCCCAGAAAUCCGGGCAAUCAGCAUGCAGGCCGAAGAGUACCUCUACUAUAAACACCUGAACGGGGAUGUGCCAUGUAACAACCUUCUCAUUGAAAUGUUGCAUGCAAAGAGAGCAUAAAUGAUAGCCUUUGAUACAGCUCCUGCUUUCCCGGAAAGAAAAAAUACUCUUAAAAGUUCUCCGAGCGACACUAAUUGAAAUAACUCGGUUUAAAGAAACUUUGCAAAAAUAAAUAAAUAAAAUGUUAUAAUAAUCAAAAUACUUAAUAGUAAAUAAGUGAUGUAUCAGGGUAUUUUCAUUGCCAACUGUGAAUG